UUUGGCUUCCUCCGCAGUCCGCAUUAUUUUCAGUUUUUUUUUUUUUGACGCUGUAAAAGCCAUGGCUGAAGAGAAGUCCGAAGUGACGGUAUUAGAAGAAGAGAAGGCCAUGACCGACGAGAAGUCCGAAGUGAUGGUCCUGGAAGAAGAGAAAAUGAUUGAUAAUGGGGUGGGCAAGGGCUGUAUUCAUCGUGCACUCACCUCCGAGAGCGCCACAAAUCUUAUCCGAUCCGUUGAUGCGUUCCUAUUCGAUUGCGAUGGAGUCAUUUGGAAGGGCGAUAAGCUCAUCGAUGGUGUCCCCGAAGCGCUGCACGCCCUCCGAGUAUUGGGGAAGAGGCUUGUUUUUGUGACCAAUAAUUCUACCAAAUCGAGGAGGCAGUACGCGAGGAAGUUCGUUUCUCUUGGUCUCGAUGUCAGCGAGGAAGAAAUAUUCUCGUCUUCGUAUGCGGCAGCUAUGUUUUUAAAGCUGAAUGAUUUUCCUCGAGAUAAGAAGGUUUACGUAGUUGGUGAAGAGGGGAUAUUGGAAGAACUUGAGCUUGCUGGUUUUACAGGCAUAGGUGGACCGGAUGAUGGAAAAAAAACCAUUCAACUCAAAUCAAACUUCCUUUUUCAGCAUGAUAAAAAUGUUGGAGCGGUCAUAGUUGGACUUGAUCAGUACAUAAACUAUUACAAACUCCAGUAUGCAACUCUUUGUAUUCGUGAGAAUCCCGGAUGCCUUUUCAUAGCUACCAAUUGUGAUGCUGUUGGUCAUCUCACAGACCUACAGGAAUGGCCAGGUGCAGGGUGUAUGGUAGCUGCUGUACGAGGAUCAGUACAAAAGGAGCCUGUUGUUGUUGGAAAGCCAUCAACUUUUUUGAUGGACUUUUUAUUGGAGAGAUACCAGAUUGAUACUUCCAAGAUGUGCAUGGUUGGAGAUAGGCUGGACACCGAUAUACUUUUUGGGAAAAAUGCUGGUUGCAAGACUUUGCUCGUUCUUUCAGGUGUGACAACUUUAUCAGAACUCAAGGAUUCAUCGAACAAUAUCUAUCCAGAUUAUUACACAAGUAAUGUAUCCGAUAUUGUUUUCUUAUCAAGAAAAUAGUAUUCAUGUUAUAAAUUAGCUGUGUUUCUUGAAAAUUUUUCUAUUUAAGGAAGUCCUUGUUAUUCUUCACAUUAAAGAUUUAUUGUAUCUUCAUUAUCAUGAACUUAUCCAA